AUGUUAAACAAAGUAGGAAUUUCGGCAUCUAUAAAAGGACCAUCUGUAGAAUACAAUUUUUACAAAUUCUUAAACGUUAGUUAUUGGAGAUUAGGUGUUUUCGUAGAUUUACGAUGUCAAGAUCAAAAUGCAAGAGCGAUUUUUAAUCAAAGUACUAGUUAUCGUAUGUACGAUUAUGCAUAUAAUUGGUUGGUAUUGGCAAAAAAUAUGAGUUACUGUUUGCAUAAAUUAAAUGAUACUGCCUUCAGUAUUAUCACGGACUUUGUCGUUUCCAUUCCAAAUUAUGAUUAUUACGAAUUAUACGAUAUUUACAAUCCUAAUAAAGAACGAGGUGGUAUACUCAACAUAACCAGAUACGCAACAUGGAAUAAAGAUACUGGAUUGAAGAUAUUUUUAUCAAAAGCAAAAAUUUUAAGAAGAUGGAACUUUCACAAAUUGAAGGUCAUUGUAUCUAGUGCUUUAGAAAGAAAACCCGAAAAUAUUCCUUUACUAGAUUAUUUAGAAGACCACGAUAAUAUUAAUUUGGAAGAUUGGCCUAAAUUUGGUUUUACUUUGGUAGGACUUUUUGCCGACAUUUUUAAUCUUAGCAUGCAUGUUAAAGCAUUCACUAAAUGGUCGAACUAUACUAACGGACCUAUGAUGGAUUCUUUGAUUGAAGGAACUGUUGAUAUAGGAUAUCAACCCUCUCUUAUUGUUCCUAAAAGACUUGAUGUUGCUAAAGUGCUUAUGGAAAUUAUGCCUGCACGUACGUGCUUUAUGUUUUUAACUCUACCGUCGACAACGAUACAAAUAAGUAGCAUUUUUCGGCCAUUAGCUUGGAACUCCUGGUACAUGAUUUUCACUUGUUUUAUUAUUUCUUUUUUGAUUUUUUCAUUUGUCAUUAAAUCAGAGCAUAUUAAAACUCAGGAUUAUGGAAGUUCAUUGUUAACAACUUUGGGUGCCAUAUGUCAACAAGGUGCACAAAACAUGCCUUUUAAAUUUGCCAGUCGUAUUGCUCUUUUCCAAAUAGGAGUUUAUGGCUUAUUAAUAUACAAUUAUUAUUCAGCAGCAAUAGUAUCGGCACGUUUAAACAUACCACUUAAUAAAUUAAAUGAUUCUUUGUAUAUAUUAGUAGCUAGCAAAAUGAAACUAUCAUCAGAAAAUACUGUUGUUAUGAAUAUUUUAUUACAGGAUACUAAUCCAGAGAUGAUAUAUUUUAAAAAUUAUUGGUCGCAAAUACCACAACAACAAAAAAUAAUGGAAGUAGAGGAAGGGGUAAGACAAAUAAUGGAUGGCGGUUUUGCUUAUCAUAGCAUUCCUGAACAUGCAUAUUAUUACAUGAAUAAUUAUUUCGAUCAAAAAAUGAUAUGCCAAUUAACAGAAAUUCAUUGGCUUAGACCAACAAGAGUAGCUCUUUAUACAAAUAAAAAAGGACAUUAUCACGAAGUUGGAAAGAUAGGGCUCAUGAAAAUUUUUGCCACGGGUCUUCUCGAACGAGAAUUAAAAAGAACCUUCGUUCGGAAACCCUAUUGUAAACAUGAUGCAAGUUCCAUAGAAAGUGUAACUAUAUAUGAAGCAGCUCCAAUCAUAUUACUUUUAAUAAGUGUAUAA